AAUGUGUGAAGCCCAAUUUCUGGUGUCCCCCGCCGUGAUAUUGCUGGAAUAUUACUAAAAGCGGCGUAAAACCAUAUUCACUCACUUUAAUUCGUUGCGGACAUACCAUUCUAUCUUACCAUUACGUCAGUUUUGAUGGUUUGAUUUUUUACAGUUUCCUCGGGCCGUUUUGAUGUUGACACCAUUUGCCAUUUUGUCUUGUAAGCUUUUCGGCCCGGGUCAACUAAAUAACCUUUCCUUAUCAUUUCGAAUGUCUGGAUAUGUGUGAGCAGAGGAUGUGGACACGCGUAUAGUUUGCAUCUAAACGGUAAGAACAUUAAGUAUAGUGCAGCCACGAACGAAGGCAGGGUUGUCACGUACUGUCACUCACUAUUUUGUCAGCCCAGAGACUACCGAUAUAUGGUCUCUGGUCAGCCCCAUGAAGUACGUCUUGUUCACCGUUAUAAAAGCAACGUUGUGAUGUAAGUAUUAAUACGUAUUUGGGACAUCAGUCAUAUUAGAUCGCUGUCCUGUCUAGACUACAUGUCUACUGGCAUGCUUUGACAUUUAGAACUGCGCUGAAGCAAUCAUUGCGUCGUCGAAAAUCCAUGCUGUACGGUGUCAGGCUGAAUCAGCAUUGGCCCUUUUCAGUCAGACACAAAACGUACUAUCUUUUUAUUUGUUUAUUUAUUUUUUUGUUUAACGACCCACUCAGCAAUAUUCCAGCUGACUGAAGGCGGUCUAUAUACAGGGUGUGUGAGUGAAGAUGAUUUUAGCGAUAUUUCAGCAACAUCAUGGCUUGGGACACCAGAAAUGGGCGUCACACAUUGUACCCAUGUCAGGAAUCAAACCUGGGCCUUUGGGGUAACUAGUGAAUGCUUUAACCACUAUACUACCCCACUACCCCACUACCCCACUACCCCAAUCUACAGGGAUACGGAGAUUGUCUGCAGACAUUCAGGAUAGAUAAUAGCAAGCAGAGGACCUGGCCAAAUAUAUAGAAAAGAAAUAAGAAACCUUUGAUCACUCAAGUCAAAACAUGAAGUUUGCCAGUACAAGAGGUGGUGUACAUGGACUUACGUUUGAAGACGCCCUGUACUCAGGCUACGCAGCCGAUGGAGGGAUACUUCUGCCCGAGUCCAUCCCCCAGAUUUCCCGGGACACCCUCAAGUCAUGGGCAGGUCUUUCCUAUGUACAGCUGGUGAAGAAGGUCAUUCCACACUUUGUUGGUGAGGAGAUUCCAUCAGAAGACCUCAAUGAUUUGGUGGACAAAGCCUUCAGCAGGUUCUCCCACCCUGACAUCAUUCCAAUAAAGAAGUUUCCCGGCGGCCUGAAUGUCAUGGAGAUGUGUCAUGGGAUCACCUGGGCAUUCAAGGAUCUGGCGUUGUCCUGUCUCGGACAAUUUUUUGACUACUUUCUCAACAAGAGGAAGAAGCAUCUCACCAUCUUGACAGCAACAUCAGGAGAUACCGGCAGUGCAGCCAUCGAGUCCGUGCGUGGGAUGACAUGGGUGGACAUCAUUGUGUUGCUGCCCCGUGGCCGAACGUCCAGGGUUCAGGAACUCCAGAUGACCACAGUGAUGGAGGAUAAUGUUCACGUUUAUCGAGCUGAUGGAACCAGUGAUGAUACAGAUGUUCCAAUUAAAGAGUGUUUCGUCGAUGCAGCAUUUGCGAAGAGGCACAAUCUUUGCUCCAUCAACUCCAUCAACUUCGCUCGCAUCAUGGUGCAGGUUGCUCACUACUUCUACGCCUAUCUACAGAUGUGUCCAGCGUGUGACAGCGAGGUCGAAAUAGCGAUCCCUACUGGAGGCUGUGGCAAUGUCACAUCUGGAUGUUUAGCCCGGAAGAUGGGUCUGCCGGUGAAGCUGGUGUGCUGUGUCACUACUAACGAUAUAGUGGAUCGUGCUAUUGUAAAGGGAGACUACUCUAUUGGGGAGGUGAAACAGUCAUUAGCUCCUGCCAUGGAUAUACAGAUGGCAUAUAACAUGGAGCGAAUCUGGCACGUGUUCUCUGAUGGCGAUGUUGAGAUGGUUAGCAACAUGAUGACAGAGUUUGAGAAGACAAUGAUGACAAAAGUCCCGGAGAAUCUCAGAGCCAAGAUUGGUGAGGUGGUCAGCUCCCACGUAGUGGAGGAUGAGGGGAUCAAGAGAAGUAUGAGGAAGUGCUGGGAGGAGAACAGCUACCUUGUGUGUCCCCACUCAGCCACCACACUGCACUACCACUACAGUAAACAAGGCAGUUCGGAUGACCCGCUGAGAGUGUGUCUGGCCUCAGCCUCCCCAAUCAAGUUCGAGGAGGCCGUGGUGGCAGCAGGGCUGCGGUAUGACAAGACGGACGCCGUCGUCAAGUUGUACAACUCGCCCACAAGGUACCAGGAUGUGGAGAAGGACGAAGAUUGGGUGGACAUCCUCCGAAAGAAAAUUGAGGACAUUGAGAAGAGAUUUCAGGCCAGAAACCUGGCAUGAACUGUGACAUAAAAUUUAAAUCUAAGGCUGCAUUGGUAUCCAGAGAAAAUAACUUAAAUACAUACAAUUAUAACUACAUGCUGAUCAAUUUCAUAAAGGAAAAGAGUAAUUGCAUGUUUAGUUAGAUCUUAUUUUAUGCCAAAAUGCCAAAAAUACAUGGAGAAAAAGUCAUUGAUAUCCCACACCUGUUUAAAAAAGUGCAUAAAAUCUCGAAAACUAAUCCAUUUACUUAAUUAUUCCAAGAAAGGUUAUGACAUUAUGAUUGAUGAUGAAGCCAAGUGAUUCCCUGUAUUUUUUAAGGGCUUUUAUUACCGUUCAAAGAUGUGAAUGGUGGCGAUGGUACCUUUCAGUAGAUUGAGCUUUGUAUUUGAUUAUCAAAUUUUGAUAGCAAUAUUACAUAGAGUGUUGUUAACUCUGCUGCAUUAUUCCAUAACAAAAUAGUCAAAACAUGAAACAAUUCCGGAAUUGAUGUAUGUUGCUGUCCAACUUGAUAUUGUCUCAACAACGUAGAAAGAAUUAAGUAAAAAUAAUACCUUAAUGGCAAAAUGUCCCAGGUCAAUGCACAGUUGAACAGUUGAACAGUUUAUGUGAGUUAUGCUCCAGAAUCUAUCCAAACUUGUUGCCUUGAAAACGCAGGGAAAAAAGAAUUCAAGUAAUCCUAUUUAACAAAGGACAUCAUUUCAGCACAUCCCUAAUUGGUAUACAACGUUUCACAAAGAAAUUAUGACUAGUUUAUGAGUUAUGCUCCAAACUGAUCCCUACCUUCAUUCGAAAAUGUCCAACUUGUUGCUUUGGAAAUUGAAAACAUCACAAUUUCAAACAUUUUUAAAUAAGGCACCAGUUCAAUGAUCAAUGCAUGCCUGAUGUGUAUACAAUCUCAUUAAAAUCAGAUCUUAAUUCUCGAUACUGCUAUACAAAGAUCUGAGGACAUCCCAUUGCGGAAUGGGACCGACCAAUGGAAUGACUGACAAGAAGUCAACAAUAGCCA